GAGGUGGGUGGGGUCUGAGCACAGCUGCUGAACCUCGUCACAAGCUGCAGACCGUGAUAGAGACGAAAUUGGUGUGGGAAACACGGAAAGACCCCCAAAGAAAAAAAAAAAACACACGAACGAGGGAAUUGAUCCUCAAGUACUUUGAACCAGGGACAGGGGAAAAGACUAAACACGUCGCCGUGUAGAGAUAAGAGUAUCUCAUGAUUGUAGAAUGAAACGACCAACAGUCUGCCUGUUUGUAGGAAGAAGUGAACUGCGCUACAGAAAAAUCUGUUUGGCCAGCUAACGCAGAAAGGCACAUGGGGCUGUUUUCAUGACCCCAGAAGGCGAAUCCGAGCUGAAUACUUGUGCACGUUUUUGGAUUUUUUUUCUUUCGAUUUCACAGCAUUAAUUUGCCACAUUUAGUGGGGAACGCUGCUAUUCGAAAGUUCUUGUGCAAUUGAAAAUAUUUUGCUCACCGACGUACAUGGGAUUUGCAUAGUCUUUCUCUUUUAAUAUAAGACAAAAAGACUUUACUGGUACCGCGGGGAAUUUAUUUGACAAAAGUUACUGCUGUUGAAAUUACAAAUCAGGAUACUGAAGAGCGCUAACUCAGUUAAACUCGGAGCGACAUGCUGAGGAUUGCCAUUCGUGUGCAUGUCUCUCAGAUACGACUUUGCUGUUUUUUUCUGAAUUUAUAGAUCCUAGUUUGUUGUCGGGAAAUUAGUUGGGAUCCACUAAACCAGCCGGAUCUGGCUCAGACCCCGCUGAAUCCUCUGUCAGUGUACAAUAUUUUAUUUUUCUGCUUUAUCGCUGACUCUCAACUUGACCGAAGGGAAAUCGCAUGUUCUACCUCUACGUUAGAUUAUUUGUAGCAAACGAAUCCAUCAUUAACGUUUAGUUUGUUCAACGCAUUUUUGUUUUUUUUCAGAAUUUCCCUAUUGACAUAUUUCCAUUGUUUGCCUUGGCUCUUAUAACCUAUGAUGUAUGAAAGCGUGGACGUCGUGGGAUUGAAUCCCAGCCCAAACCCUUUUUUAAUGAUGGAUUACUAUAAUCAGAAUCGUGGGUGCUUGAUUCAAGAGAAAGGACUUGUGGCCGGAGCAUCGCACCCCUACCCAACCUCCAUAACCUCCAUCAGAAACCAACACUGGAACGGCUCAAAUCACUCCAUUGAGACUCAGAGCACCAGCUCAGAGGAGAUUGUGCCAAGCCCCCCUUCGCCGCCCCCUCCCCCACGGGUCUACAAGCCCUGCUUCGUGUGCCAGGACAAGUCCUCAGGGUACCACUAUGGGGUCAGCGCCUGCGAGGGCUGCAAGGGCUUCUUCCGGAGGAGCAUUCAGAAGAACAUGGUCUACACCUGCCACCGGGAGAAGAACUGCAUCAUCAACAAGGUCACCCGCAAUCGCUGCCAGUACUGCCGGCUGCAGAAGUGCCUAGAAGUGGGGAUGUCCAAAGAGUCGGUUAGGAACGACCGCAACAAGAAGAAGAAGGACGAGAAGAAGCAAGAGUGCACGGAGAGCUACGUGCUGAGCCCAGCCACAGAGCAGAUGAUCGAGAGGGUGCGCAAAGCCCACCAGGAGACCUUCCCCUCGCUCUGCCAGCUGGGAAAAUACACUACAAACAACAGCUCCGACCAGCGUGUCGCCCUGGAUGUUGACCUAUGGGACAAGUUCAGUGAGCUCUCCACGAAGUGCAUCAUCAAGACGGUCGAAUUUGCCAAACAGCUCCCCGGCUUCACCACCCUCACCAUCGCUGACCAGAUCACCUUGCUCAAGGCCGCCUGUCUCGACAUCCUUAUCCUGCGGAUCUGCACUCGCUACACGCCUGAGCAGGACACCAUGACCUUCUCAGAUGGUCUGACGCUCAACCGCACUCAGAUGCACAAUGCUGGUUUUGGACCUCUGACCGACUUGGUCUUCGCAUUCGCCAAUCAGCUGCUGCCCCUUGAGAUGGACGAUGCUGAAACGGGGCUGCUCAGUGCCAUCUGUCUGCUGUGUGGAGACCGACAGGACCUGGAAGAGUCGGAGAGGGUGGAUAUCUUGCAGGAGCCUCUGUUAGAGGCUCUGAAGAUCUACGUGAGGAAACGACGGCCGCACAAGCCACACAUGUUCCCCAAAAUGCUGAUGAAAAUCACAGACCUGAGGAGCAUCAGUGCUAAGGGAGCAGAGCGUGUCAUCACUCUGAAGAUGGAGAUCCCUGGCUCCAUGCCUCCACUCAUCCAGGAGAUGCUGGAGAACUCAGAGGGCCUGGAAAGCCAGGACAGUGGGGGUGCCCGGGCUGGCGGGGGGGCCCCUCCCGGAAGCUGCAGCCCCAGCAUGUCGCCCAGCUCCACCCAAAGCAGCCCGGCCACGCAGUCACCGUAGUGCCGGGGCCUUACGUGCCCCCCCUCCCCCGCUCCGCAGUAGCGUCACACUCUUGCAAGGCAGCCCCGGAGGAGUGCAGUCAUCACGUCAUAGACCUCUCUCGGAGGCUGACUGAGAAACAAGGACACUGCUGACAACC